GAAAUAGGUAAUGACUUACCCAAGAGCAUGCUGAAGUAGAGCUGGUAUUUUUUACCCAAGACCUCCUUUUCUGAAUCCAAUGUUUUCUCCACUCUACUAUACUGCCUCCCAUUUAUUCAUCCAGGAAGUCCACAUUAGCACUGCCUGGUUAGGAUCCAUAACUCUCUCUCUUAAUUUAAUUAAGGAAAGAGAUCUAAUGAAUCAUUAAAGCCUCAAUAGGCAUGGAUAUUUAAAUAGAAAAACAGCCAAGAGAGACCAUCUAUUAAGGAGCCUGCUCGUGGAGGUCUGGUCCCAGAAACUUUUCUGUGUUGUGGUCUUUAGAAUUGGAGGCCCAAAAUGGAUGCUCAUAGCCAAGGCCCAAGUUGGCAACAGGUUUUGACUGGCCUAGUCCUCAUACUCCUAAUCCUCAUCACAGUCCUGGGUAAUGUGGUAGUGUGCCUGGCCGUGGGAUUGAAUCGCAGGCUCCGGAGUCUCACCAACUGCUUCAUCGUGUCCUUGGCCAUCACCGACCUCCUCUUGGGUCUCCUCGUGCUGCCGUUCUCAGCUGCCUGCGAGCUGGGCCAGACAUGCGACUUUGCAAAGCCCCUUUGUAAACUUUAUACCAGCCUAGACGUGAUGCUCUGCACCGCAUCCAUUCUCAACCUCUUCAUGAUCAGCCUGGACCGGUACUAUGCCAUCACAGCCCCACUGCGCUACACUAUGGUGGUAACGCCCAAACGCGUGACCAUUGUACUUAUCUUAAUCUGGAUGAUCUCCAUCACCUUCUCCUUCCUACCCAUCCACUUAGAGUGGAACACUCAGAACAUCACUAACUCAAGCCUGACCCCCAACAAGUGCAAACUGCAGGUCAACAAGGCCUACGGCCUGGUGGACGGGCUGAUCACGUUUUAUAUCCCGCUACUGGUGAUGUGUGCCACCUACUACCGCAUCUUCAAAAUUGCCCGUGAACAGGCCAAGAGAAUUAACCACAGCUACUACAACAAGGCUGUUACCAUCCGUGAGCACAAAGCCACUGUUACGUUGGCGGUUGUGAUGGGGGCAUUCAUCAUCUGCUGGUUCCCCUACUUCACAGUGUUUGUCUACCGAGGAAUAUGGGGUGACAUCAAUGAGACCUUGGAAACUAUCGUCCUGUGGCUUGGAUAUGUCAACUCAGCUCUGAACCCCAUCUUGUAUGCUGCUCUGAAUAGGGACUUCCGCACAGCAUACCAGUGCCUCUUCUGUUGCAAGGGUAAUGCUAUCACUUCCAGGGGAUCCUCCCUGUCUCCUGGCACCUGCCGUCAAUCCCAGAACCAAUCCCACCAAGUUACACUAGGACUUCAGGAAGAGACAUCUCAGAGACUCCCAGUGCAGAAUGGAAGUGAAGCCCCAUUCUCCCAGGAACCAGAUAAUUAUGGAACUUCAAGUCAGGCUGGCCAGAGGAAGCCUUUUCUGGCCUAUACCUCCAACUCUAGAAACAUCCUCACCUGCUGGAAAAACAUAUGGGGCUUGAAGUUCCUCUCCCAGAGGCAAAUGGAGGAAUCUGGGGGAGGACUUUCUGAGAUACAGAGAACACCACUACCCCAGAUCACUCAGGACAUCACCUCUCAGACCACUGAGGACAUCACUCACCAAAUUCUCUUGGAAACCCUCCCAUGCCAGUGAGGGAAGCAUUCCCAAGACCAGCCAGGCUAUCGAGGACACCAUCCCCUGGGCCCAUAAAGACCAUCUCUCCACUUUCGAUUCACUGAGUUCACCGAAUCCCCUCUGAAUUUUAUUUCCUAUGAUCUGA